AUGGAGCAGAAUUACACCAGCAGAGUGAGUGAAUUUGUCCUUCUGGGUUUGUCCCAAAAUCCGGAACACCAGCACUUCCUAUUUUUCCUCUUUCUGUUCAUCUACUUGGCUACCUGGUUGGGAAAUCUCACUAUAAUAAUUACUGUAAUCUGUGACUAUCACCUUCAUACCCCUAUGUACUUUCUUUUGGCUAACUUGGCUUUCCUGGAUGUCUCUGAAUCCUCAAUUACUGCACCCAAGUUGUUGCAAAUUCUACUCACCCAGCACAAAACCAUCUCCUACAGUAGCUGCAUUAUUCAGAUGUUUUGCAUCCAUUUCAUUGGCGGUACCGUGAUUUUUUUUCUUGUGGUGAUGGCAGCUGAUCGGUACUUGGCUAUUCACAAACCAUUGCAAUACAUGACUAUCAUGAACAGAAAUAUGUGUUUGAAAGUAAUGGCAGGAGCUUGGAUAGUUGCUUUCAUUCAUGCUAUUACUGUGAUUUCAAUGGUAAUACGGUUAACAUUCUGUGGUCCCAACGUACUCGACAACUUCUAUUGUGACAUCCCACAGGUUGUGCAAUUAGCCUGCACAGACACAUACAAUGUUGACCUGUUUAUUAUUACCAACAAUGGACUGGUUAUUACAGGGGUCUUUACUGGAUUGCUCAUUUCAUAUACUGUCAUCUUGAUCAAGAUAAGAAACCAUCUUUCAGAAGGCAAGCACAAAGCUAUUUCCACUUGUGCUGCCCAAAUCACAGUGGUUAGCUUGCAUUUCAUUCCAUGUGCCUUCAUUUAUGAUCGGCCUUUUCAAAAAUUUCCAGAAGACAAGAUAGUCUCUCUCAUCUAUACCGUGAUUUCACCAGUGCUGAACCCAAUCAUCUAUACAUUAAGAAACACAGAGAUGAAAAAUGCCAUUAGGAGAUUAGGAGGCAAAGUACUUUUCUCCCAUAGGAAUGCAAAAAUGUAA